AUGAAGUCCGCCUCAGUUGCCGCCCUAGUGGCUGGCCUAUUAUCGACAUCGGCGGAUGCUCUCGCCAUACGGGAUAGCAGCAACACGGCAUCUUCAGGAGUGGUGGCCAUGGAUGUUCAGAGGAGAAAAGUGGCCGACCCGGUAAAACGAGACAAAUUAAGAAGAAGAGGCUCGGUCGAAGCAUCUUUAGAAAACGAGGAAACUUUAUAUUUUGUCAACGCCACGAUAGGAACGCCCGCCCAGUCACUACGAUUACAUUUGGAUACCGGUAGCAGUGAUCUUUGGGUCAAUACUCCCAGCUCAUCGUUAUGUCUCGGAAAGUCAAAACCCUGCUCCUAUGCGGGAACUUACUCGGCCAACUCCUCAUCGACAUACGAGUACGUUGGAAGCUGGUUCAACAUUUCUUACGUGGACGGGUCCGGAGCCAGUGGCGAUUACGUGACCGAUACGGUAACCAUUGGAAGCACAACUGUCGAUUCCCUUCAGUUUGGAAUUGGGUACACGAGCUCGUCGGCGCAGGGUAUUUUGGGCGUCGGCUAUCCAGUAAACGAAGUGCAGGUUGGCAGGGCCAAGAAGGAUGCUUACGAUAACCUGCCCGCCAAGAUGGCCUCCGACGGCACUAUCAACUCCAACGCCUAUAGUCUGUGGUUAAACGACCUCGACGCAAGCACUGGUAGUAUCUUGUUUGGUGGCGUGGAUACAGAGCAGUACACGGGAUCCUUGGAGACGCUACCGAUCCAGGCCUCGGGUGGCGUCUACUCGGAAUUCUUAAUCACCUUGACGAGUGUUGUACUUGACAAUGUCACCAUUGCCGAGGACCAGGCAUUGGCGGUUCUGCUGGACUCGGGCUCGUCGCUGACCUACCUUCCCGACACGUGGGUCGAGCAAAUCUACACCGAAACUGGGGCUCAGUACGAUUCGAAUGAGGGUGCUGCUUACGUUCCCUGCUCCCUCGCCGAGGAUACGAGAACCUUGGACUUCACCUUUACCUCGCCUACGAUCAAGGUGGACAUGAACGAGCUUGUCCUGGAUCUUGUCACAACUAGCGGCAAGCGACCGACAUUUACCAAUGGAGUCACGGCCUGCCUUUUUGGCAUUGCGCCGGCUGGAUCCAGCACGAAUGUUUUGGGCGACACGUUUCUGCGUUCAGCCUAUGUAGUCUACGACAUUGACAAUAACGAGAUCUCGCUCGCGCAAACCAACUUUAACGCCACGGCGACCAAUGUCAAGGAGAUUGGCACUGGCACCAGCGCAGUACCGGAUGCUGUCGCUGUUGCCAAUGCGGCCACGGCCACUGCCGGAAUCUCUUCGAGCACCACCAGUGCUCUCGGUCUCGACGACUCGAGUGCUGCCAGCCAGGUCUUGGCCAAAUCCUCGGCAGUACUAUCACUCCUCAUUGGACUGGGCGCAUCACUGGUUCUGUUGUAA